AUGCGCAGAGCCUUCGGGCUUCUGCUGGUCUGCAUUCUCGCAAGCGCUAUAGAUCAGAAGAGCUUGCUGGCAAGCCGCACCGCAGCUGACUCCCUGAUGGAAGGCGAAAAUGUGCAGCGAGAUCGGCUCCGGUCAGCGGCUGAACGCCCUGCUCGGGGCAUUCGGUCCAAAACUUCGGUGAAGUUCGGAAAUCACGGCAGGACACUCUCUGCAGAUGGCAAAGAGAAGUCCGAGGAACAGGCAGGAUCAGGACCUGAUGACACCCUUCCACCUUUGGGCUCUUACUAUGCAGAUUGGAAUCCGGCAAUCUACAGUGCGCUCAAGUAUUCCAUCGUUCGAAUCAGCACGGUGGACAGGAGCAUAGACAUGGACAAGCCCUACGAGGAUGGCGGGCUUCAGGAGUCUGUCGGCAGCGGAUUUCUGGUGGAUGAGAACACAACUAUGCUCGGCGACGAUGAUUACACGAUAGUCACCAAUGCGCAUGUGGUUCGGGGCUCUGGCAUCGUCCGAGUGCAGUUCCCAUCUUUGGGGCGCCAUCUCUUCGAUGCCACUGUGCCCAUGAUUUGCUUCCAGUUCGAUUUGGCGAUCGUGAAGCUGAAAGAUCCCACGGAAUUGAGGGAGAAGCUGAAGCUCGCCAAUGUGACCCUUUCUUUGUUGAAGUUGCAAGCGCGGAAUGUGAAGAUGGGCAUGCGCGUGGCGGCAUUGGGCUUUCCCCUAGGGAGCCAGUGGCUCAAGCUCAGCGAGGGCGUCGUGUCUGGUGCUGAGGUGGUUGAAGACAACAUGGUCUAUCAAAGCACUGCGCCGAUCAGCCCCGGAAACAGCGGUGGUCCAUUGCUUGUCUUCAGAUCAGACAGCCUGGUGAGAUCGGCCAACUUCGAUGCCGAAGGGAGGAAGCCCACUUUGGACACUGUUGUGGGUGUGAACUUCGCAUCUUCUGCAUCCAAGUCAGCGCAGAAUCUGAACUAUGCCGUGCCGGCGUUUCGCAUCGUCCAGGUCUUGGCCGCAUACGCGAGGAUGCGUCAAACAGACUGUGAGGAAGCCUUAGACGAGUUCGGUCGCGGAACAAGGCGUCAUAUGGAAUUGCGCAUCGCUCCCGUCGGUGUGGUGUACACACAGGCCACGCAGGCACACCUGAGGAGAAGCGGCUGUAAGAGCGGUGUGCCACUGGAUCGCUUCAUGCCGUUCUCACUCUUCCGCUGGGCCCACCCGCCCAUCAAGCCUGGCAGCUUCUUGGUCAAAGUGGACGAGACAGAGUUGGACACCUUCGGAAUGGGCAAAAGAUUCGAUUACAUGCAGCAGUACGUCAGCUUCAAGGAUUUGCUUACAUUCCGGGAGCACUUGGACGACAUUGUAACCGUGACUACGUGCACCAACGGCAUCAUAGCAGAGCACCGUCUGAGUCUGAAGUGGAACAGCAGCCGGUUUGAAGGAGGAGUCCGCUACUUGUAUGAGCCCAACUUCGACGAAACCGCAAAAGACUACGAAUGGUUCUCGGGGCUGACCAUGGUCCAGCUUACGUUGAACCACAUUGACUCGUGGAUUGCCCAGCUUGGCGGGGAAACUUUGGGGAGAUUCUAUUUGGAGGAGAACACUCUUCACCCUCGCGUCGCUAUCACAUCGUGUGCGUCCGGGUUCAGCUGCGAAGAGAUUGUGGGCACUGGAAUGAUCGUGGAGAGUAUCAAUGGCUGCCCAGUGUCCACGCUUGCGGACAUUCGCCGGUGCUUCAUCCCCAAGACCGGCCUUGAAACCUGGGAGCUGGUCACAGAUCGAGGAGUGGCGCUGGCAGUGGACUUCCAGGAAGAGAUGAGCCAAGCUGUCCGCCUUGUGCAUGAGGAUUUGACCUUGCUGAGCAAGGCUGUGCGGGAGGCUGCUUUGUGGCUCCGUAAUUCGUCGUCCCGGCGAGCAGCUGAACCAAGCAAGCCAAAGAGAGGUGGGGAUAAAGAUACGAAGAACCACAGCAACGCGACGAAUAGCUCUGGGAAUUCUUCUGGCAGACUUGGAGAGCAGGCAGAUGCCGAUGAGUAUCACCAAGAUGUCGGAGAUGAUGUGGACGACCCAGUGGAGGUGGUCGUCCAUAAGCGCAGGAAAAGAAGGAGGAGGGGCUGGACGCCUUCGACCAGCGAAGGCAGGCUGGCCGCUCCCUUGAUUCCACAAGAUAGCCAUGAUGCACUUCUCAGUCGACAUGCCAAGCAGCCCGACAUCGAGAGAGAGGCAGUGGCGCAGAAAGCCGAGAACUUGUCCUUUGCACCAAACGACACCACUACCAAGAGCCAGACGGCCCACUCUAAGCACCCCAUGCGCACCGGCCACAAGCAUCGGCAUUCCAGACAGAGAGAUGGUACGAAGAUUCGGGAUGCGCAGGCAGAUGCCACGCACACCGAGAAGACGAAAGAUUCACGGGAGGUUGAGCAGGAGAAGCUCAGGGCGAAAUAUAACAUGCAGGCAUGCUUCGACUGUCGGCAAACUGGGCGCCUGAAGCGAAUUGAAGUGACGGCUGCCGUAGACCUAGCAACGGUGUGGCAGGAUCGUGCAGAUCUGCCGGACAAUCUAGCACCUUCUCGUGAAAGACGUGCUGGGCUGAAAGAGCUCAAAAGGAAAGAGCCAGAUCCUGCUGGAAGCUCCAAGCAAGCCGCCAAAAUUCCCUUGCGCCUCAAGGAGCUGGUGACGAAGCCACCCAGCCCGAAGACAGAUGCAGAGAAACAGCUGAUGAUUGAGGCACUGAAGCAGAAUGACAACCUGAUGAGUGUUGUAUCGCUAAGCGACGCCAACCUCUCUCAGAUGGUUGCGGUUGCCUGGAAGGAGGAGGUGACGGCUGGCACUAAGUUGAUCACCGAAGGUGAUUUAAACGCCGACUACUUUUACGUUGUGCAGGAAGGGAAGUUCGAUGUCGUCAUAGGAGGGUCGAAGACUGCAGAGGAGGGUGGGCCGCAGGUGGUUGCGUCCAUUCCAAAAGGCGGAAGCUUUGGUGAAUUGGCACUGCUCUACUUUGCCCCACGUGCAGCAACCAUCCAGGCAGCAGAGGAUGCCAUGGUCUGGGUGAUUGACCGCAAGAACUUUAAGGAGAUUCUGGCACAGUCCUCCAAUGCUACGGCUAAGGAGUACAUAAAGUAUUUGGACAAGGUGGAGAUUUUGGCGCCACUACAGGACGACGAGAAAGCGGCCGUUGCGCAAAGCUUAUCCGAAAUGUCGUUCAGCCGCGGAGAAGUGAUCUUCCAACAGGGGGAGAAAGGCGACGCCUUCUACAUUCUCAUUGAGGGACAGGUCAGCGUUGUGAAAGACGGAAGAGAGGUCACAAAGCUAAUCGCGACGCCUGAGAAAGCUUCGUUUUUCGGAGACAGGGCUCUGCUGAGCAACGAGCCACGGAAUGCAACGUUGCAGGUGAUCUCCGACACGGCCAAGACGCUGACCGUGGACCGGCAGUCCUUUGACAUGGUCCUUGGACCACUUGCCGAACUACAGACGAGAGGCAGAGGUGGAAAGAGCAAGCUGGGUGGCCGCAGCGUUGCCAGUAGCGCUGCCGCAAUGGGCAAUGCAACCCGAAAGUUUGGAUUGAUCUUACGGAAGGAUCUGAAGAGAAUUGGAUUGCUUGGAUGUGGUGGCUUUGGUGCUGUAGAGUUGGUGGAGCACGCUGCAUUGGGCGAUACCUAUGCCUUGAAGGCUCUCAGUAAAGGCUACGUCAUGAAGUCGGGCAUGCAGCAAAACGUCUUGAACGAGAAGAACGUGCAGAUCAUGUGCGAUUCGCCGUUCAUAAUCAAGCUGUACGAGACGUACAACGGCACCCAAUCACUGUACUUUCUCCUGGAGCCCGCACUGGGAGGUGAACUUUAUGCAACCUACAACAAGAAAGGUCUGUUCGGCAAGGAGGGGCACGCCAAAUUUUAUGUUGCCGGUGUGGUCAAUGCCUUCGAGCAUCUCCAUGGCAAAAAGAUCAUCUUCCGUGAUCUGAAACCGGAGAAUCUUUUGCUUACAGAGCUUGGCCAUAUCAAGUUGACGGACAUGGGCCUUGCCAAGGUUGUGGUCGGCAAGACAUACACUACUUGCGGCACGCCCGACUACUUCGCACCGGAAAUGAUCGCAUCAGCUGGUCACACAAUGGCCGUUGAUUGGUGGACUUUGGGCGUCUUGAGCUUCGAGCUAAUGGCAGGCCAUCCGCCAUUCGAGUCGCCACAUCCUAUGCAGAUCUACCAGAAGGUAAACAAGGGCAUCACCAAAGUGAACUUCCCCAACAAGAUGAAGGGUGUAGUUGAGGAUCUCGUCAAGAAUCUGUGCAAGAAGGAGCCUGCUGACAGACUUCCUAUGAGGAAGGGCGGAGCUGGUAACAUCCGGAAGCACUCGUGGUUCACCACCUUCGAGUGGGAGAAGUACGACAAUGGCAAUAUGCCUUCGCCCUACAGGCCCCAGGUGCAGAGCAAGAAGGAUAUGGCAAACUUUGCCGCACGGAAGGAGGACAUGCCACCCAACGUGCAAUACAAGGAUGAUGGCUCUGGCUGGGAUGCAGACUUCGCCACCUGCUCCUGA